UUUAUACUUCCGCCUAAAGUUCCGUUAUUGCGUUGUAUGUGUGACAUUCAAAUAGUAGAGUUUAUAAGAUUGCAGCAGUAUAUUAAAAAAGGUGCAUCAAUAAGGAAUGAACAUACAGUUGAUUUUGUUCAACACUCAUAUGAGACAGGCUGUUCAGAUCGGGAGAUGACCAAAGACAACAUUAUUUAACAGCAAUUUUUAAAGCAAGGUUAAAAUGACGUACUGUACUGAUCGUAGCAGUGGUUAUAGUUCAUUACACCCAAUAAAUAGCUAUCAAGCUCAAGUUUCCGAUCAUUUUUGUGAAGAAAACGAUACACUCUUGCGAGUUGUACCCGUUCAAAGUUUAGAUCAUAUAGAACAAAGGUCCGAAAUGGUCUGUACUGGUAAACAAAGAGGCUUCACUGGUUAUCCAUCUGCUUCAAACGGUCAGCUAGAUGUAAAUGGAAGUGACAGUUUUGGUUCUCAAAAUGGACAUUGUGAUUCAAUAGAUCGUGAUCUUGAAGAACGAUAUAAUGCAGAACAGGAAUUUCAACGAAAAGCAGCAGAACAGCAUGAGAGAAAAAGAAAAUACUUAUUCACACAAGAAAAGAACGUUUUGUACGAGCGAGACACAGACACAGAGUCGAAUAAAAGAGUUAUCCCUCCAAAGUUUAGAGCGUACAGUAAGGAAGACAUCAGAGAGAGGUCUUUUGUAGGAUUUAAUUCGGCGUCUAAAUGGACAACAUUAGUUUUUGCGAUUUGCGGUUUCUUUUAUAAAGGAUUUUCUGACAUCACGGCUUGCUACCAAUGCGGAUUUGUAUACAAAAAUUGGCAAAAAGACGAAGAUCCUAUUCUUACCCAUAUAAAAAAUCAGCCGAACUGUCAGCAUAUCGAAGACCUCAAAAGAAAGAACAUUGAUUCGUGUAAAGAACUUGUCAAUGAUUCAGAAAAUGACGUUGAAAUGGCAGAAGUGACAACAGCGACAGAGAACCUAUCAAUCAACCAAAACGAAGCGAUUGAUCCUAGACUUAUUUGUAAAGUAUGUUUGGUCAAUAAACUCGAGUUUACAAUACAGCCAUGUGGACACUUGGUGAUCUGUCAUUCUUGUUGUCAGCUACUGUUUAGUCAGAAAAAGCCGUGUCCAGUUUGUAGAGGACCAAUUGAAAAAGCCAUCAGAACAUUGAUUCCAGAGUGAAUCAAGUUUUCUUCUUUUUUUUUCGUUUGAAUAUUUGAUUCUUUAAAAAAGAAGAAUUUCGCCUAUGAAACAUAGUGUUAUAUCCUUUUUAGAUAUUGUUUUUUAAUGUCAACACUUUGUAUUAAUAUAUGUUUUAUAUAUACGUUUUUAAAGCAAGUUAAAUUGCAUAAUCAAUAUCAAUCGAUUAUUUAAUUGUUGGAAACUAAUAGGCUUUCUUUAAUAAAAGAUAGAUAUGUAUAUACACAUAAAAAAUUUAAAAACUAAAUAGAAAAGAAAAAUUCCGAACAGAAGAUUUUGCUUAAUGCUUUUAUUUCCAUCGACACAGAUCGCAUUAAUUGAAAGCGUUUUAUGGUUGAAUAGUAUUUUUAUUCGUCACAUGCAUAAGAAACCACUUUUCUCUGUUUCAUUUUUUCGUAUGCUUGUUUUUAUUUAUACGAAGAAGUAUAUAUUAACAGUCAGAGAAAAACAUGACUUUACAGCAAUGUCAAAAAUAUAGGUAUCGACAGAUUGUAGUACCGUGAAGGUACAUACGUGUUAUAUUUAGUAUGGUUUUAAUCUACUGAUAACAAAAUCAAUAUUUUUACCAAUAAACACAAUAUUCAAAGAUUUAGUUAGAGUGUUGAAUGGGUUAUCUUUUAGAAUAAGUUUAUCUAAAGGAUUGAUAAGUUUACCCGGAUCGUACAUAAAUUUCCGGGCUCGGUUUACAACAUCACCGUAAAAUUUAUGAUGUGCUAUUCCGUUUCAAAUAAGUUUUCUACAGGUACAGUCAAACUUGCAAACCAAAUCUUUGUUUGCAUGGUUUGAACCCAAUCUAUGAUUGAUUCUUAGCAAUCCAAAACUUGGGGGGAUCUCAGGUGCUCCGGAAGGGUAAGCAUAUCCUGUCAUGUUGCUCAUGUAAAUACAAACCGGGUGAUACGCCUAAUUCGGUAGGUCGCAUUCGGGGGAAAUUUCUUUUUAAUGAAUUGUCUUCAUAUACCAAUACAAUGCAGACCAUUUUUUUGCCAGGAUUUUGUGUGUGUAUUUAAUGUACUUUUAUUUUAUGUUGUAAACCUUAUGUAUAUGAGAUUAACCUCUGGAAAUAAAGGUACUUUGGUUAAUUUUUUUUUCAGUAUGUGAAUUCUGAAUAUCAUACGAUCGUCUUAUAGUUUUUUUGACUACUAUAUAUUUGCAGACUAAAAUUCUUAAACAUCCCAGUUUUUCAAAUUUACAUUUUUUUCAGGAUGUACAAAAUUUUUGUUAAUAUAUGAUAUAAACGAACUCUGACUAUUAAUUUCAUAAUUUUUGCUCUGUAAUUCAA